GCAACAUGGCCAUUCCCAAUUCCGAUCCCCGGGGUGGCCCCACUUUUGCCCCGGCAGCCCAAAGUCUCGCCCCGGUUUCACGACCGCAUGCCUCUUGACCUCCCGCCAAAGCAUCCGGACUUGACACAGUUGACUCGGACCGCUAUUUUUUCCCCGAUUGGAUUUCGACGGAACAACGAUCCAUUUUUCGAACACAUCUGUCCUCUUGACCUUCCCAAUCGCUCAAUUGUCCCCUUUGGCUUGGACGGCCCGGCCCCGACGCCCCUGCAGAAAGGCUCCUGCAGACGUGCCUGAGCUGAACCCAGACACGCCUUAUCGCAUCGCGAGAUUACAACCUCCAACCGGUGAAUCAGUUCAACUGCUGGGAGACCGUGACCAUCACAUCAAUAUUCAAUCACACCCAGCCUUAAAAACCCAAUCCGCCUGUUCAGCCGCACUUCCCCUGACUCUACCCGAUCUGUUGCAGGCAUGGCUUCAGAUCGCCCGGCCAAUGACUCCUUAGAUCAGUCACUUCUGGACAGACUCAACGCCCUCAAGUCCACCAGUGUCACACUUGAUUCUAGCAGCAAGCUUGGCCCACUCAACCCCGCUUCUACCACUACCAAUGACACUGCACCGGUGAAGCCUUCUUUGACCAUUGGCUCUGCACCGUCGGUUUCAAAAGACGAUGCUCUGACCGAGAGGUUGCGGGUGCUUCGUAAUGCAUCUUCAACAUCCGUGCCGUCGUCAGCUUCUCCGGGAAGCGGUCAGGCUCAUACCGCCUCGUCAAAGCCGGAACCAGAUACACGAAUGAAAGGCCACGAUAGUUCCCAGCCUCUUCUCAAAAGAGGACAAACGCCAGUUUCACGAAACAUCAAUCAAGAAUCAUCUCAGGAUGAGGAUACAAAGACCCAGAUACAAACGCAGCUACUAUUCUCAGCUUGGGGUCUAGAAGAAGUAGACGAUCAAGCUCUGGAUGAGCUUCUGGAAGGUCUACAAGAUGACCUAAACCUGCAAGAAGAUGUUCCUGCCGAGGAGGAGGAUGAGGAAGACAUUGAUAUCCAUGCUAUUGCUAACCCCAACAACUACGACAAUGAUGAUGAUGGCAUAAUCGAAAACGACGAGCACAAAGUCCAGAAACUUCUAUCGGAACUGGCUCCCAAGCCAAACAACAAUUCUUUUGCAGAUGACCACAACAACGAUGACAGUAGCGACGACGAUGACUCGGACGGCGAAGCAAUGACCAAAGAAACCAACAGGAUCCUCAACCAAGUCCAGGAUGAAAUCAACCUGAGCGGCCGCCCUACCGACGACGACCCCUUCUCCCUCCCCUCCCCUCCUUCCGGAACCCGCACGCCCACAUUCACCACCUCCCCCGAGAGGAACCCCUCCCUCACCCUCCCCACCGUCCCCUCCUCCACCACCCUCUCCCCUGCCUCCUCCGGCGGCAAACAAGUAGGUGCAGUAGACGACGACAUCCCCUCCCUCACCGCCCGCCUCUCCCACCUGCGCUCAACCCCCAUCAAAACCGACGCCUUCGGCCUUCCCUCCGUGCCCACCACCACUUUAAUUCUACCCGCCGAUGAUUCUUCUUUUCUCUUGCCUCCUCCCCCGCCUGCUUCUGCAAAGUACCAGACCAAAAGUACCAAAAGAGGAUGGGUAGGCAGAGACGAGAGCUAUACCGACGAGGAUGCGAGGAGGUGGUGUAAGGUUUGUUUGGAGGAUGCUACGAUUCGAUGUGAAGGGUGUGAGUAUGAUGGGUACUGUGUGCGGUGUUGGAGGGAGAUGCAUGUUGGGCCGGCGGCGGGGUGGGAGGAGAGGGGACAUCGGUGGUUUAGAGUGGGUGGUACAACGGAGAAGUAACGGG